AUGGUCUAUCAAUCAUUAAUUGAAGUCCAUGUUAUUGUCGAAGAUAGCAUAAGACAUCUGAUGCAUUCUCUAACCAAUGGUCUGAAUGUAAGUGAUGUAUUAAGAAAUAUGCCAUCAUACACAUUUACAAAAACGAUGGAAUUGAUUGAAUCUAUUGUGAAGGAAUUUGAGUAUGACAAAAUCAAAUCAGACUUAGUUGAGGAGUGUGAACCUGAGAAAACGACAUAUGAUCAAUGGAGGCGAUAAAAUGCUAAUUUCAUGAAGGAAUUCAUAAAGAAACCUGAUAAUGUCAUGGAAGAAUUGGCUGAAGAAUAAUAUGAAGAGAAACCUCCAACUUGGGAAGAGUUUUAGCCUGAAAUUGUAUAAACAUAACAGGAGCCUGAAAGUGAUUUAUAUGAUGAUCAUUUGAGAAGUUAAUUAUCAUAUAGGGAGAGGAUGAGAAAGGAAUUUUAAGAGAAUCAAACUCUAAUUGAGAAGGAGAAAUAGGAAGAAAGAAGAAAAGUCAGAGUUUUGGUAGAUGGUCAACCAGAAAAAGUAACUUAUGAUAUUGAUGGUAAAAUAAUACUUAAAGCUAAGAGAAUACAAUUGGCACCUGUUAGAAAGAUUGAAGGGUAAUAAAUGAAAGAAUCAGCUCCCUCUUAAACAGAAGAAUUGGCAGUUCUCAAGCCACGACGACCGGCAUUCCGAAAACCCAAAUUAAAAGUAUUCAAAGUAUAACCAACAAAUGAAGAUGGGGAGGCUCAAAAGAUUAUAGCUCAAUAGGAGAGAAAUCAUUUACAGGAAUUCAUGGAUGUUUUACAAUUAAAACCAGGAGUUUUCCUAGAAAUGGAACAUUAUGAAAAAGGAUAAAGGAAUAAGCAUACUUAAGCUUAGGAUUUGCCAUAUCGUAUCUAAAAUAAAAUGGAUCAAUAUUUAGCAUCUGAAUAAUCAUAGUCUAUUCGUUUAUCAAAGGAAGAAUAUUCAAGUGUUACAAUCAAUAACAGUAUUUUGAGAGGUUCAUAUGAAUAAUCUUAUUUAAAGAAGAAAACAGGCGUUCGAUAAAAUUCCACUUAAAAAACUAAACAAAGUGAUUAUGAGGAUACUGUCCCUAAAAAUGGGAUUGUGAAAGUCAAUGAUAUUGGCAAGUUCUAUGAUUUGCUUAUCAAAGACUCAGAAAUCAUAGAGGAGAACACUCACACUGAUUUCCCACCUUUAAUGAUGGAUAGAUAAGAGAGUCUUAGUAUAUAGGAAUUUAAAACUCCCACAAAAUCAGAACUACCUUCUAUUCCUGCUACACAAUUCUAUAAAUAUCUAUCAAAAUAACAACCCCCUAGUCUAUCAAGGAUAGACAAUAACAGCGUCACUGGAUCUGUGACUUCUAAAUUAACUAGAGAUAGAUCAAUGCCUGAAGUUGUCAGCAAUAUGAAAUUGCAUUAAUGUUUAGCUGCUCCUAAAAUUGGGAAGUUCUUAGGAUUCGGAGUCAAUCAAAAAUACAAAUUCUGA